GGGGCCUGGUGCCGCGGGCGCCCGGGUGCCGGAAGUUGUGCUCCCAGUGGAUGGGGUGGUUCUUUCUCUACUUCCCGGUGGCCGUGCUUCCAAUUUUGAGACUCCGGCGGCCUGUUUCUUACCCCUGCUUCUCCCGGAAGCUUCCGGGAUGUCAGCGAUUCCUGCGGAGGAGAGCGACCAGCUGCUGAUCCGGCCCCUUGGAGCUGGGCAAGAAGUAGGAAGAUCAUGUAUUAUUCUGGAGUUCAAAGGAAGAAAAAUCAUGCUGGACUGUGGGAUCCACCCUGGCCUAGAAGGAAUGGAUGCUCUUCCUUACAUUGAUUUAAUUGACCCAGCUGAGAUUGAUCUCCUGUUAAUUAGUCAUUUUCAUUUGGAUCAUUGUGGAGCUUUGCCCUGGUUUCUACAGAAGACGAGUUUCAAAGGAAGAACAUUUAUGACUCAUGCCACAAAAGCUAUUUAUAGGUGGCUUCUUUCAGAUUAUGUCAAAGUUAGUAACAUAUCCGCGGAUGACAUGCUAUACACCGAGACAGACCUGGAGGAAAGCAUGGACAAAAUCGAGACCAUCAACUUCCACGAAGUUAAAGAGGUUGCAGGAAUCAAGUUCUGGUGCUACCACGCAGGCCACGUCCUCGGAGCCGCCAUGUUCAUGAUCGAGAUCGCGGGCGUGAAGCUUUUGUACACAGGUGAUUUCUCAAGACAAGAAGACAGGCACUUAAUGGCAGCUGAAAUUCCUAAUAUUAAGCCUGAUAUUCUCAUCAUUGAGUCUACGUAUGGGACCCACAUCCAUGAGAAACGGGAAGAGCGAGAGGCAAGGUUCUGUAACACCGUCCACGAUAUCGUGAACAGAGGGGGCCGAGGGCUCAUCCCUGUCUUCGCGCUCGGAAGGGCCCAGGAGCUGCUCCUGAUCCUAGAUGAGUACUGGCAGAACCACCCCGAACUGCAUGACAUCCCCAUCUACUACGCCUCAUCCCUGGCCAAGAAGUGCAUGGCGGUGUACCAGACCUACGUGAACGCCAUGAACGACAAGAUCCGCAAGCAGAUCAACAUCAACAACCCCUUCGUCUUCAAGCACAUUAGUAACCUCAAGAGCAUGGAUCAUUUUGAUGACAUCGGUCCCAGCGUUGUGAUGGCCUCCCCAGGCAUGAUGCAGAGUGGCUUGUCCAGGGAGUUGUUCGAAAGCUGGUGUACUGAUAAGAGGAACGGCGUCAUUAUAGCAGGGUACUGUGUGGAAGGGACGCUCGCCAAGCAUAUCAUGUCUGAACCUGAAGAAAUCACUACCAUGUCUGGGCAGAAGCUACCACUGAAAAUGUCUGUUGACUACAUCUCUUUCUCUGCUCAUACAGAUUACCAGCAAACCAGUGAAUUUAUUCGUGCUUUGAAACCGCCUCACGUGAUUUUAGUCCAUGGAGAGCAGAACGAAAUGGCCAGGUUGAAAGCAGCACUGAUCCGCGAGUACGAAGAUAAUGACGAGGUUCACAUAGAGGUGCACAACCCUCGGAACACAGAAGCAGUGACCCUGAACUUCAGGGGAGAAAAGCUAGCCAAGGUCAUGGGCUUCUUAGCAGACAAAAAACCCGAACAAGGCCAGCGUGUCUCAGGAAUCCUUGUUAAAAGAAACUUUAACUAUCACAUACUUUCUCCUUGUGACUUGUCCAAUUAUACUGACUUAGCCAUGAGCACUGUGAAACAGACCCAAGCCAUUCCAUACACUGGCUCCUUUAAUUUGCUUUAUUACCAGCUACAGAAGUUGACGGGUGACGUAGAAGAAUUAGAAAUUCAAGAAAAGCCUGCUCUGAAAGUGUUCAAAAAUAUUACCGUAAUACAGGAACCAGGCAUGGUGGUAUUAGAAUGGUUGGCAAAUCCUUCUAAUGACAUGUAUGCAGACACCGUGACCACCGUCAUACUGGAAGUUCAGUCCAACCCCAAAAUACGGAAAGGUGCAGUGCAGAAGGUCUCCAAGAAGUUAGAAAUGCACGUGUACAGCAAGAGGCUGGAGAUCAUGCUGCAGGACAUAUUUGGAGAAGACUGUGUGAGUGUGAAGGACGGCUCCGUGCUCAGCGUCACGGUGGAUGGGAAGACCGCCAACGUGAACUUGGAGACCCGGAGUGUAGAAUGUGAAGAAGGCAGUGAGGACGAUGAAUCCCUCCGAGAAAUGGUGGAACUAGCUGCGCAGAGACUCUACGAGGCGCUCACGCCAGUUCACUGACAGCCCCGUCCCCAUCCCCGUCCCUGUCUCUGUCCCCGUGCGUGUUUAAACCUUCUAAAUACUUGACCCUACUUCUGUUACUGCAAAUAAAACAUGCUAGUUUCU